AUGACGACGGCGACUACGCGUGUCGGAGGGGGCCGGGCGCUGCUAUUGCUCGCCACCAAACUCGUGUUGAUCUUCGGCUGCGCUGUGGGCGUCGUUUCAGGGCUCUGCAUCCUCUUAGUCCGUCGAGUCCGCGAGCAUGACGCCGCGUUGGGCCUUGCAACUUCAAAACUGGACGCUCUAUCCAUCCGCAGCUUCUCCUCGCUCCAGGAGCUACAGCGCUCACACGAGACCUUCCUACACGUGUUCGCCGUACAAUUUCCCCUCGCUUUGACGUGUUUCACGAGCGUCUACGUGCUUAAACAGACGUUCGCCAUCCCUGGUUCAGCCUUGCUCAACGUGUUCGCAGGAGCGAUUCUGCCCCUGUCCCUGGCAUUCCCAUUGGUCUGCACUCUAACAGCGUGUGGGGCGUCUUGCUGCUUCCUGUUGUCCAAGAACUUAGCCUCCGAGGAGAUCGUAGUGAGCUUAAGUGAACGAUUAUUGCCUGGCAAACUGCCCAUGCUGAGACACAAGAUCGAGGACGCAACAGCACGAGGCCAACUGCUCUAUCUGCUGCUCUUCCUGCGGGUUUUCCCGUUCACUCCCAACUGGUUCCUCAACAUGGCGAGUCCGUGGCUUCAAGUGCCGCUGAAAUGGUUCGCUCCGUCGGUGGCGCUGGGACUUUUGCCGUACAACUUUAUCACCGUACACGCCGGAGCUAUGUUGUCCUCUCUUCGGAGUACGAGCGACUUGUUGGACCCACGCACGGUGGGACUCCUCGUCCUUCUGGCGCUAGGAAUGCUCGUCCCUGCACUUCUCAAGAAGAAAAACAAGGAGCGGGAAGCACAAGAGAACAGCAAGAAGGCGAAGUGA